AUGUCGGCGGCCAAGGAGAACCCGUGCAGGAAAUUCCAGGCCAACAUCUUCAACAAGAGCAAGUGUCAGAACUGCUUCAAGCCCCGCGAGUCGCAUUUGCUCAACGACGAGGACCUGACGCAGGCAAAACCCAUUUAUGGUGGCUGGCUGCUCCUGGCUCCAGAUGGGACUGACUUUGAUAACCCAGUGCACCGGUCUCGGAAAUGGCAGCGCCGGUUCUUCAUCCUCUACGAGCACGGCCUCUUGCGCUACGCCCUGGAUGAGAUGCCCACGACCCUCCCUCAGGGCACCAUCAACAUGAACCAGUGCACAGACGUGGUGGAUGGGGAGGGCCGCACGGGCCAGAAGUUCUCCCUGUGCAUUCUGACCCCCGAGAAGGAGCACUUCAUCCGGGCAGAGACCAAGGAGAUCAUCAGCGGCUGGCUGGAGAUGCUCACGGUCUAUCCCAGGACCAACAAGCAGAACCAGAAGAAGAAGCGGAAGGUGGAGCCCCCCACGCCACAGGAGCCAGGGCCGGCCAAGAUGGCUGUCACCAGCAGCAGCAGCAGCAGUAUCCCCAGUGCUGAGAAGGUCCCCACCACCAAGUCCACACUCUGGCAGGAAGAAAUGAGGGCCAAGGACCAGCCCGACGGGAGCAGCCCGAGUCCAGCUCAGAGUCCCAGCCAGAGCCAGCCUCCUGUGGCCGGCACCCUGAGGGAGCCAGGGCUGGAGAGCAGAGAUGAGGAGAGCUCCUCGAGCAGCGAGCGUGUGGACUGUGGCCGCAAGGUCCGCGUGGAGAGCGGCUACUUCUCCCUAGAGAAGACCAAGGAGGACGCGAAGGCCGAGGAGCAGCCGCUGCCGCCAGCGCUCUCCCCGCCCAGCCCCGGCACUCCCACCAACAGGAGGUCCCAGGUGAUAGAGAAAUUUGAGGCCUUGGACAUCGAGAAGGCAGAGCACAUGGAGACCAACGUGUCAGCCGGGCCCUCGCUGUCAAGCGACACUCGCCAGGGCCGGAGCGAGAAGAGGGCCUUCCCCCGGAAGCGGGACCUCCCCAGCGAAGCUCCUCUCCCGGACGCCUCGGCCUCCCCCCUGUCUCCACACCGAAGAGCCAAGUCACUGGACAGGAGGUCCACGGAGCCCUCCCUGACGCCUUCCGAGGAGCCUGGGGCUGAUGCUGCCCCUCCCAGGCGUGGGGCCUCCAGCGGCAACCUGACUUGGAGCCCUUCCCUCCACGCGAAAUGCCGGGUGACUCUGUCUGGGCCGUUCUUCUCUGCCUUCCGGGCGGCCCUGCAGGCGCAGCAGCCAGGCAGCCCCACUUGUGCUGCUCACGGGUGGAAGAAACACUGGUUUGUCCUUGCUGAUCAAAGCCUGAGGUUCUACAGGGACUCAGUGGCUGAGGAGGCGGCCGACUUGGAUGGCGAGAUAGACUUGUCUACAUGUUAUGAUGUCACGGAGUACCCAGUGCAGAGAAACUAUGGCUUCCAGAUCCAUACAAAGGAGGGCGCCUUCACCCUCUCUGCUAUGACGUCUGGAAUCCGGCGGAAUUGGAUCCAGACCAUCAUGAAGCACGUCCACCCGAUCUCUGCCCCAGACGUGACAAGCUCGCUGCCACAGGGCAGAGACCGGAGCAGCCCCCCCCCGGAGACGAGGCUGCGGGAGAGGCAGGACGGGGAGCCCGGGGAGCCCGGGGAGCCAGACCCCGAGCAGAAGCGGAGCCGGGCCCGUGAGCGCAGGCGGGAGGGCCGCUCCAAGACCUUCGACUGGGCCGAGUUCCGCCCCAUCCAGCAGGCCCUGGCCCAGCAGAGAGCCGGUGCCCCGGGGCCUGCCACCACACGGCCCGAGGCGGAGCCUGGCGAGCUGGAGAGGGAGCGUGCGCGGCGGCGAGAGGAACGGCGCAAGCGCUUUGGGGCGGUGGACGCGGCUGACGGGCCCAGCAUCGACGACACGGCCCUGCGCAUGGAGGUCGACCGGGGCCCGGGGCCGCCCGCGACUGCCGACCUCAGGACCCAGAACGUGCACGUGGAGAUCGAGCAGCGGUGGCAUCAGGUGGAGACCACCCCUCUCCGGGAGGAGAAGCAAGUGCCCAUCGCCCCCCUGCACUUGUCCUCUGAGGAUGGAAGCGACCGACUGUCCACUCCCGAGCUGACCUCUGUGCUGGAGAAGGAGUUGGAGCAGAGCCAGAAGGAGGCCUCAGACCUUCUAGAGCAGAACCGGCUGCUGCAGGACCAGCUGAGGGUGGCUCUGGGCCGGGAGCAGAGCGCCCGGGAGGGCUAUGUGCUGCAGGCCACGUGCGAGCGAGGGUUUGCAGCCAUGGAAGAAACGCACCAGAAGAAGAUCGAAGAGCUGCAGAGGCAGCACCAGCGGGAACUGGAGAAGCUGCGGGAGGAGAAGGACCGCCUCCUGGCCGAGGAGACGGCGGCCACCAUCUCAGCCAUCGAAGCCAUGAAGAAUGCCCACCGCGAGGAGAUGGAACGGGAGCUGGAGAAGAGCCAGCGGUCCCAGAUCAGCAGCGUCAACGCGGACAUCGAUGCCCUGCAGCGGCAGUACCUGGAGGAGCUGCAGUCUGUGCAGCGCGAGCUGGAGGUCCUCUCUGAGCAGUACUCGCAGAAGUGCCUGGAGAACGCCCACCUGGCCCAGGCGCUGGAGGCCGAGCGGCAGGCCCUGCGGCAGUGCCAGCGCGAGAACCAGGAGCUCAACGCCCACAACCAGGAGCUGAACAACCGCCUGGCUGCUGAAAUCUCACGGCUACGGACGCUGCUGACCGGGGACGCCGGUGGCGAGGCUGCUGGUUCACCUCUCACGCAGGGCAAGGACGCCUAUGAGUUAGAGGUCUUAUUGCGGGUCAAGGAAUCAGAAAUUCAGUACCUGAAACAGGAGAUCAGCUCCCUCAAGGAUGAGCUACAGACGGCGCUGCGGGACAAGAAGUACGCUAGUGACAAGUACAAGGACAUCUACACAGAGCUCAGCAUCGUGAGGGCGAAGGCCGACUGUGACGUCAGCAGGCUGCAGGAGCAGCUGAAAGCCGCGACCGACGCGCUGGGUGAAAGGUCACCGGAACACACCCCCGUGUCCGGCUACGAUAUAAUGAAGUCUAAAAGCAACCCUGACUUCUUGAAGAAAGACAGAUCCUGUGUCAGCCGACAGCUCAGGAGCAUCAGGUCCAAGAGUCUGAAGGAAGGCCUGACGGUGCAAGAUCGCCUGAAGCUCUUUGAGUCCAGGGACCUGGAGCGCGACUAG